UAACGUCAUAUUAAUUGGCAAAAAUAAUGUCACCGAAAGCUCUGGUAUUGUUGGCCACCGGCGCCGAAGAGAUGGAAGUAGUCAUUACUGUUGAUGUCUUGAGGAGAGGAGGCAUUUCGGUUAUAAUGGGCGGCCUUUCGGGCAAAGAUGCGGUCAAAUGCAGUCGCGAUGUAGUGAUAGUUCCGGACAUUUCCUUAUCAGAAGUGAAACAAGAGUUUGAUGCGAUUGUAUUGCCCGGCGGUCUCGAAGGCGCCAAUGCUUUGGCCGCCUCUCCACUCGUCGGACAACUACUUCGACAACAGGAGGACUCAAAGCGAGUGAUAGCAGCCAUAUGUGCGGCGCCUAUAGCUCUGAAAAGCCAUCGAANGAUUGUAUUGCCCGGCGGUCUCGAAGGCGCCAAUGCUUUGGCCGCCUCUCCACUCGUCGGACAACUACUUCGACAACAGGAGGACUCAAAGCGAGUGAUAGCAGCCAUAUGUGCGGCGCCUAUAGCUCUGAAAAGCCAUCGAAUUGGACUCAAGAAGAAAAUUACUUCACAUCCGUCUAAAGCGCAAGAACUGAAGUCCGACUACGACUACAGCGAGGAUAGGGUUGUGAUCGAUGGACAGUUGAUUACAACUCUGAAAAGCCAUCGAAUUGGACUCAAGAAGAAAAUUACUUCACAUCCGUCUAAAGCGCAAGAACUGAAGUCCGACUACGACUACAGCGAGGAUAGGGUUGUGAUCGAUGGACAGUUGAUUACAAGUCGAGGCCCGGGAACUGCAUUCGAGUUCGCUUUAGCUAUUGUUGACAAACUUAUGGGAAGCGAUAAAGUGAAAGAAAUAUCAGUUCCAAUGAUUCUCAAAGAGUAG